GGAGCCAAGCACGGGGCCAGCUGUGAACCAGCCAGACUUCUCCUCGGGGAGGCUGUCGGGGUUUAGAAGGUUUGUUGUGGCCAGUGUCAGAAGCCUUCCCGGCUCCAUCACCAGCCCUUAACUUCCUCCUCGACCCACUGGAGACCACUUAGACACCUGAGUGGAGGCGACAGCUGCGUUCAGAAAACCAUGCAUCAUGCCAGAAGGAGCCAACGGCAGACUUUAAGCUCUGUUCAGCAUGUGGACGAGGCGCAGAAAUGAGCUGUCCGGACAAGCCAGGGCAACUCAUAAACUGGUUCCUUUCCUCCCUGUGCGUCCCGAGGGUGCGGAAACUCUGGAGCAGCCGGCGCCCCAGGACCAGGAGGAACCUCCUGCUGGGUACGGCCUGCGCCAUCUACCUGGGCUUCCUGGUGAGCCAGGUGGGGCGCGCCUCUGCCCCGCACGGAGGGCGCGCGCGCAAGGGGCCGCACUGGAGCCGGGCCACCGCCGAGGCCCCCUUCCCUGAGAUACCCCUGGACGGCACGCUGGCCCCUCCCGAGUCCCAGGGAAAUGGGACCACGCUGCAGCCCAACGUGGUGUACAUCACCUUGCGCUCCAAGCGCAGCAAGCCCGCCAGCAUCCGUGGCACCGUGAAACCCAAGCGCAGGAAGAAGUACGCGGUGGCUUCCCAGGCCCCGGGACCCGGGGCUUUGGUCGGACCGUCCCUUCGGCCUCAGGAAGCUGCGAGGGCAGCUGAUGCUGAAGUGCCCGGGCACGUCCGGGGAGGAAACCUGGCCAAGGCUGGGGAGCGACCCUGGGGGUGGAUGCAGGGUCUGGGAGCGCCAGGUGGGGGCGCAGAUGUGCAGCUGCCCCGGGCCCAGGGAAGCAACAUCAGGCUCUACAGCGAGAGCGCCCCCUCGUGGCUGAGCGGAGAAGACAUCGGCCGGAUGCGCCUGCUGGCCGACGGCGCCGUGGCGGCUCUGCAGCCGGCCUGGCCCAGGAGCAGAGCGCGCCUGCUGGUGCUGCAGGGGCCCGGCCGGCCCGCGGGGCCCGCCUGCGGCCCCAGCCCCUGCGGGCUGCUCAAGCAGCCUCUGGACAUGAGCGAGGUGUUUGCCUUCCACCUGGACAGGAUCCUGGGACUCAACCGGACCCUGCCUUCUGUGAGCAGGAAAUCCGAGUUCAUCCAAGAUGGCCGCCCAUGUCCUUUCAUUCUCUGGGACUCAUCUUUAUCUCCAACGAGUAACGAGACCCACUCUUCUGUUAAGCUCACCUGGGGAACUUAUCAGCAGUUGCUGAAACAGAAGUGCUGGAAGAAUGGCCGCGUACCCAAACCUGAAUGGGGCUGUACUGAAAUACAUCACCACGAAUGGUCCAAGAUGGCUCUCUUUGAUUUUUUGUUACAGAUUUAUAAUCGCUUGGAUACCAAUUGCUGUGGGUUCCGACCUCGAAAGGAAGACGCCUGUGUACAGAGUGGACAGAGGCUGAAGUGCGACAACCAGGAUGCCGUGGCUCUAGCCCACAUUGUCCAGCGAAAGCAGGACCCAAGGCACUUGGUCUUUAUAGACAACAAGGGUUUCUUUGACAGAAGCGAAGAUAACUUGAACUUCAAACUGUUAGAAGGCAUCAAAGAGUUUCCUGAAUCUGCAGUUUCCGUUUUGAAGAGCCAGCACUUACGGCAGAAACUCCUUCAGUCUCUGUUUCUUGAUAAAGUUUACUGGGAGAGUCAGGGAGGUAGACAAGGAAUUGAGAAGCUUAUCGAUGUAGUUGAACAGAGAGCCCAAAUCCUGCUCACCUACAUCAAUGCACAUGGGGCCGAAGUGUUACCUAUGAAUGAGUAGCAAGAGGUCUUGUGGCUGGAGUUCUACAUAUAUUUAUGCAUUUUUGUUUUGGAGUCAAGUACACAAACCCCAAGUCCUUUUAGGGAUGAGGCAGUGGUGAUGAAUACACAGAAUAAAUGAAUUUAGUCAAGUGUAUAUGAUGAGCCUGUGAGCUAUAAGCAGACUCUAAAAGCUUUUACAUUAUACUGCUAAAAGAGGUUUACAUUUUCCUUUGACACCAUGACCUGUGAGUCGCCACACCUGAGCACAGAAUGGUUGCAAUUAUUAUCCCAGCUAGCCGUGUUAAAAUAUCUGUCAUGUCGGUUAAUAGAACAGUGUGAAUCCGAGGUGGUGACUCCUUUAGUAACUUGCUGCUCUAAUGGGAAGCGUUCUGGACGACCUUCUGUUGCUAAUUGUUAGAACACAGAGCAGUCUCAACACCACCCACAGGCAACUCUAUGUUGGCAGAUGGAGGCGUAUGAUCUGCAGAAACAUCAGAGCCUACAGUUAUUCUUAGGAGAGAGCCUACAGUAAUUCUUAGGAGAAAUGGUGGUUUAUUUGUAAAACCCCCAGUGUAUAUUCUGUUGUACCUAUAAAUGAUCAGCCAGCUCUGUGAUCCUUUGCUGAAGAAUCGCAUUUUCCAUUCCUUUUUAGAAAGGUAUUUGUUGCCAGUGUAGAAACCAUCCAUAUCCGAAGAUUUAUACAUUAGGUAGUUUUGCUCUUUCGGUUUCGCUCCAACUUACGUCUAGUGGCUUAGACAUUCAACAGUUAUAAGGUAUUUACACAUGUGAAACUAUACUUAUAGAGUAUCUUUUUGUUAAGUGGAUGCUCUUUUUACCCUUUCUGUCAUCUUUACCGAGGAUAUACUGUAAUUUCUGUAUAUUUCAUUAAUAACAGCGGAUUUCUUCUAAUUUGUUCUGUGUAAUUAUAUUUAAACUGAAUUAAUUGAUAUUGUCCAGAUAUUGACCAUAGGACCAGAUACUGAAUGUGUUUAAAUAUAUUGUUUGGCUUACUCUAAUAUGAACAACAUCAGUUAAAACCCGACGCUGAUCAAUUCUCCUCAGUGAAAGCACAUGACUAGAACUGAAACAGCCCAAAUUAUUUAGGCUCAAAUAAUUCUCUCCGAACUCUACCAACUUUUUAAUGAGGUAGAAGGACGUGAACACAUAGUAUUCCUGUGUCGAGUCUUCAUGUCCUUGAAGGUGUCCACAUAAUGGUGUUUGAUAGAUGGUCACAUAGAGAUUUCAAAUCCGGAACAAAUCAUUAUUACCCUCCCCCCAUC